AUGAUUGAGUCAAAAUGGCGACGGGUCGUCGAGCAGCACUGACAACAGAAAGUAGUGCACCUUCUCAAAAUGACCCAGGUAGAGAGUUAUUUGAAGCUUGCAGAAAUGGAGAUCUCGGAAAAGUAAAGAAAUUAAUCACUACCCAAAAUGUUAACGCAAAGGAUACUGCUGGAAGAAAAUCAACGCCCCUUCAUUUUGCUGCAGGAUUUGGUCGUAAAGAUGUUGUUGAACACUUGCUGGAAUGUGGGGCAAAUGUCCAUGCAAGAGAUGAUGGCGGCCUCAUUCCACUUCACAAUGCCUGUUCAUUCGGUCAUGCAGAGGUGGUCACACUUCUUUUGAAACAUGGAGGGGACCCCAACGCUAGAGACAACUGGAACUAUACUCCUCUGCAUGAAGCUGCCAUUAAAGGAAAAAUAGAUGUUUGCAUAGUGUUGUUGCAGCAUGGGGCAGACCCAAAUAUCAGAAACACUGAUGGUAAAACGGCACUAGACCUCUCAGAUCCUACAGCCAAAGCUGUGCUUACUGGUGAGUAUAAAAAGGAUGAACUGUUGGAAGCAGCCAGGAGUGGCAAUGAAGAACAGAUGAUGGCUCUACUCACUCCACUGAAUGUCAACUGCCAUGCCAGUGAUGGUAGAAAGUCGACUCCUCUGCACCUGGCUGCUGGGUAUAACAGGACCAGAAUUGUUCACUUACUGCUUCAACAUGGGGCGGAUGUUCAUGCUAAAGACAAAGGAGGAUUAGUUCCACUGCACAAUGCUUGUUCGUAUGGUCAUUUUGAAGUCACAGAAAUGUUGUUGAAGCAUGGCGCCAGUGUGAAUGCGGUCGAUCUAUGGCAAUUUACUCCGCUACACGAGGCAGCCUCCAAGUCUAGGGUAGAAGUUUGUUCUCUUCUUGUGGCACACGGUGCUGACCCAACGCUGGUCAACUGUCAUGGCAAGAGUAUCAUGGAUGUUGCCCCAAGCCGGGAACUACAGGAGAGGUUACAAUUUGAAUACAAAGGCCAUGCACUGCUGGAAGGAGCAAGACAAGCAGAUCUGACUAGAGUGAAAAAAUAUCUGUCAGCGGAGACAGUCAACUUUAAACAUCCGUACACAGGAGAUACAGCAUUACACUGUGCGGCAGCAUCACCCUAUCCUAAAAGAAAACAAGUAGUUGAAGCCUUACUGCGCAAAGGUGCUAACCUGAAUGACAAAAACAAAGACUACUUGGCACCUCUCCACAUAGCAGCUGACAAAGCUCAUUAUGAUGUCAUGGAUGUCUUGUUAAAGCACAAUGCUAAGGUGAAUGCCCUGGAUGGUUUAGGACAAACAGCCUUACACAGAGUUGCUCAACAAGGAAACAUGCAGGCUUGCCGUCUGCUCAUGUCAUAUGCCAUAGAUCCCAGCAUUGUGUCAUUGCAAGGUUACACUGCGGCUCAACUGGCUACAGAAAACAUACAAAAACUUUUAAGGGAAGACCCACCCAUCGGUGGAACAGACAUUGACAUACAGUUAUUAGAAGCAGCUAAAGCUGGAGAUAUAGAAUUAGUCAAGAAACUGGUGGCCACUAACCUUCAUGCAGUGAACUGUCGAGAUGUUGACGGAAGACAUUCUACACCUUUGCAUUUUGCUGCUGGGUAUAACCGUGUUGCUGUUGUUGAGUAUCUGUUGGAGCAUGGCGCGGAUGUCCAUGCUAAAGACAAAGGUGGUCUAGUCCCAUUACACAAUGCUUGUUCUUAUGGCCAUUAUGAAGUCACGGAACUUUUAAUUAAGCAUGGUGCUUGUGUGAAUGUAGCUGAUCUAUGGAAGUUUACGCCGCUCCAUGAAGCUGCCUCCAAAGGAAAAUUUGAAAUUUGUAAAAUAUUAUUGAAACACGGAGCAGAUCCCAAUAAGAAAAAUCGAGAUGGUCACACACCACUAGAUCUAGUCAAGGAGGGAGAUCAAGAUGUGGCAGAUCUUCUAAUAGGUGAUGCAGCUCUGCUUGAAGCUGCCAAAAAGGGGAAUUUGGCCAGAGUGCAGAAGCUGUCUACAGAAGAGAACAUCAAUUGUCGAGAUACACAAGGCAGAAAUUCAACACCUCUGCAUUUAGCUGCUGGCUACAAUAAUGUUGAAGUAGCAGAGUUUCUACUUGAAAAUGGUGCGGAUGUAAAUGCUCAAGACAAAGGAGGACUGAUACCUCUCCACAAUGCUUCCUCCUAUGGGCAUGUGGACAUAGCAGCCUUGUUGAUCAAGUACAACACCUAUGUCAAUGCUCAAGACCGAUGGGGUUUCACACCACUUCAUGAAGCAGCCCAAAAAGGUCGAACUCAACUCUGUGCAUUAUUACUUGCCCAUGGUGCUGAUCCGACUGUGAAGAAUCAAGAAGGACAAACUCCACUGGACCUUACAACGGCUGAUGAUGUUCGAGCUUUGCUCCAAGAUGCUAUGCCUCCUCCUUCACUGCCUCCAUCAUUACCCAAAUCAAAUUUGACACUUUCCAGCAGCUCCUCCUCGUCCAAUAGUCUAUUGAACACCAGCAAUUCAGACAUCAUACAAGGGGCAGUGGGCGGUACCUCUCCCCAGAUCGGAGAUGGCUGUGUGGACAGAUCCAUAGCUGAAGGGGAGAGGACCAUAGAGGGAAUCAGCGUUUCUUCUUUCUUGUCAAGUGUUGGCCUAGAGCAGCUCAGAGACAUUUUUGAGAAGGAGCAAAUAACCAUGGACAUCUUGGUAGAGAUGGGACAUGAGGAGCUGAAAGAAAUAGGAAUCAACGCCUAUGGGCAUAGGCAUAAAAUAUUGAAAGGCGUUGAAAAGCUGAUAGCGUCUAAAGGUGUCCAAAAUGUUGUGGGUGCUCCUAGUCAAGGUACCAUACUCAUUGACCUUUCACCUGAUGACCCAGAAUUCAUUUCUGUCAAAGACCAGAUGAUCUCAACCUUACGAGACCAUAAAGACAAUGUGGGUGGAGUAUUUAAUAGUUACAACAUAUUCAAAAUACAGAAAAUUCGAAACAAACGUUUAUUGGAGCGCUACGGCCACAGAAGGAAAGAAGUUGGGGAAGAGAACCAUGGUCAGCCUAAUGAGCGGCACCUGUUUCACGGGUCACCGUUUAUUAAUGCCAUAGUUCACAAAGGUUUUGACGAGAGACAUGCUUACAUAGGUGGCAUGUUUGGUGCAGGUAUUUAUUUUGCUGAGAAUUCCUCUAAGAGCAACCAGUAUGUGUAUGGCAUUGGAGGUGGUACAGGCUGUCCUGUUCAUAAAGACAGAUCUUGUUACAUUUGUCAAAGACAGCUCUUGUUGUGUCGAGUGACUCUUGGCAAAUCAUUCCUUCAGUUUUCCGCUAUGAAGAUGGCGCAUGCACCUCCAGGUCACCAUUCAGUCAUUGGACGUCCUAGUAGUGGGGGCUUAAAUUAUGCGGAAUAUGUAGUUUACCGAGGGGAACAGGCCUAUCCAGAAUAUCUCAUAACCUUUCAAAUCACCAAGACAGAUCCACCUGAAGCAGCCAAGCCCUAGCACUAUUGGAUGCUCGCUUGAACACACACAUACACACACAAUGUCUUUCCACUGUACAUUUUGUAUAAUAAAAAACAUCUCAAAAAAAAAAAAAAAAGCUGGUCAUGUUUGUAUCUGCAGAAGUUUUGAUUUCAACUGUCUGUAGACACAAGGAUAAUGUAUUAUUUCGGUUGAUGUAGAAUCUAACAAAUUAAAUAUGAUUAAUUUAUGUACAGAAUGUUUAUGAGUUAUGUGAAAAGUGAAACUCAUUCUUCAAAUAUGAACACUUCUUAUUGGUCUUAUUCUCUCCUUGAAAAAAGUUAAUUACAGUUGAGGCAGAAGAUUGAAUUGAUUAACAUUAGUUCUAAGAUUUCUUGUUCCUAGUAAUUUACCUCCAUUUCUUCUCUUUUUUUCUCAUUGUCACGGCUUCUUUUAUAGUGAAUCAAUCUUACCUGUGAAAAAUAGGAGUCUUUUUAAUUGCUAGUGUCUAUUAGAGGAAAUUUAAAAUUCUAGUACUAGUAAAUGUUUCACGAAUGUUUUAAUAAAAGAUAUGUUAUUUUAAAAGUAGAGAUCUAUAUUGUCAUGGUUAUAAUGUUUUAAAAUCUACCUGAUUCUCGAUGCAACUAGCUCGACUUUGUUUACCAAUCCCAGUUUUCCUGUGUGAGGAGGGUUGACAAAUUGUGUAAAAUGUCUGUUAAAGAUUGUAUGCAUGCGAAUGUUUCUUAGAGCAGGGGCACUUGGGUACACCAACUCCACAACAUGUUUACAUUUGCAUCAUUGCCUUCUGUUUUGUUCUCAUUGUACACACCUGACUCCUCAGUGUAAGAAUGUCUUGGUUAUAAAACUUAUGAAGAGCUCAUUUCUCUUGACAUGAUCUCAUGAAUAUGUAGAUGUGUUGUGUCACUGUGAAAUAUCUUUGCAUGUUGAGACUUUUAUUAAAUACUUGGGUUGUUUUACUUUGUGUUUUUUACUGAAAAACUGACAAAAUGUGUAUUGACUUGGACAUUAUGCUAUGAUCUGGUUACUGUAGCCGCAGGGGCUGGCCUUAGAAUUAGGCGAACUAGGCAGCCACCUUCGGUCUCAAAACUCUAAACCAUUUUUUUUUAGAGAAGAUUUUAAACAAAUUGUGUAAUUUUAUUUUUUUUAAAUUUCAAUAGAGGGCCACUAAAUUCAUUUCGUCUAGGGCCUCUGAUAAUCUAAGGCCGGCCCUGCUCUAGACAUUACAGUGACAUUGGCUUGAUGUGCCUUCUUAAGGAUACUGCAUUGAUUCUCAUUCAUUGACAUUCAUUUGUUACAUUUACAUGAGGACUUAGGUCAUGGUUCACUACCAGCAUCACACAGGGGUCUACAACAAUGACUGUUGCAGUGUUCCUUUUGACAUCUCAACUGGCCUUUAGACAUAGACGUCUCAGUAACUUUGGUGUCCUAUACAUUACUACAAGUGAAGUGUUUUCUAGGGAUUUAAAUUUGGUGUUUUUCUCUAGUAGUUUAUGAAAGUUUGUUCAUUUCCAAUUGUCAAAAAGUAUAUGUUUAUGGAUUGUCUAAUAAUUUUUUUUUAAAAACUGUUAUUGUGUGGACAUGGUUCUUGACAAAUACAAAGUAUGUUCAAUGUUUUAUUAGUAUUAUGGUGGACUGAGUGUCAUAUGUACAUACCGAUGUGUAUUUAUUUAUUUAUUGGGGAUUUGACAGACAUUGUGUUUUGUUUUCAAAAGUAAUUUUGUGUAGUAACAAUUGUUUCAUGAACUCCCAUCAGUUCCAGGAAUGCAUUUGUCCUUAUCAACUUCAUAUGUCAGUCUGUCACAGAGUAAGGAAACACUUUAAUGUUAAGUAUCCAUUGUGUUGAAUUAAUAUAGCCAACCCAUUGAGCUAAUUAUGUGAAUAAAAGAAAUUCCUUUUCAGGGACCAGACUUUCAUUGAAUUGUUUGCUGGUAUCAAUCAUAUUUAUUUGAAGUCUUUAUCUAUUGUCUAGCUGACUAUUCAAUGAUUGCUACAUCUUACAUCUGUAUACUGAUGCUUUGACAGAUAUUUUGUGUAGAUUUGAUUCAGAGAUAUCAUAGUAGAACUUUGUAAACACUAUUCACUUUAUAUUAAGAUCUUUGCAAAUUAGUCCUUAACAUUUUCAACAACUGAUGCUUCCACAACUAAUGUUCAAUAUAUUUUGACUCCCAAAGACGUAAUUUCACUCUCAUAUUUGUUUUCAUGAAUUUGUUUGACUUCUGUAUAGAUCAUGUUUUGUUUUGUCCCUUGAAUCUUGUACAUAGUUAUAAAUAGCUUGUAAACUUUGACAGUACUUUAGAUGGAAGUAAGUCCACGGCAUGAAAUGUGAAUACAUGGUUGAAUGCUGUCCCUAUGUGCUAUAAUACAAUAAAAAAGAGGAUUGAUACAUU